AUGUCUCCAGCUGGCCUUCCUUCCUGGGCAAGAUUUAUCGCCAUUAAGUUGCGUGAAACUACGGAGGCGGAGAUCACAUCUCGAAUAGCCUUCACACUUGAGCGAAGCCUGUCUCAAUGCCUAGUUUAUCUGGGUCUGCGACAAAGUGACAUCACUCCAAGCAGUGUGGCAUUUUUUAUAGUCAACGAGAGUCGGCUGGCCAGUACUCUAGAAAACCUGCAGGAGGAUGGCUUCAAAAAGGGGGAGCAAAUCGUUGGCCCUUUAUUUAUUUAUGAAAGACAGCGCAUUGACCUCAGAUUCCUCGGCAACAUUAGAGUGAGCAAGUCAUAUCGGAGGGAUUCUCUUGUGUUUGGGGGAGACAACAAUGUCUUCAACAUCACCUACAAUUCAGCCUUGAGAACCAUUUUCUUGGUUAGUUAA